GCUUUUACAGCACUGUGGAGCCAACUAGUCUGCAUGAUGGUCAAGGACCCGGCAUUCAAGUAGAAGUCGACGGAUAGCCCGCGCUGCUCGUUUCGGUCUCUUAUAGCCUAACGCUACGCGAGAAAGAGUCUGGGGCAAGCUCUAUCACUGUACCAGGAUUCCUUGUUUGGCUGCGCUGGCGCGAAGCAACGCGAUGAUGAGGUCGCUAGGUUUUCCUAUUGGCUUCUUGCUUGUGAUCAUCCACAUUAUUCCCGCGAGAACAGACCGAGCUCCGGGUGAUACAAGACCAAACUUUGUGAUUUUCCUCCCGGACGAAACAAGAGCGGAGAGUAUUGGGGUCUAUGGUCAUCCAUUUGUUCGCACGCCAAAUUUGGAUGCACUGGCCGCUAAUGGAACAGUGUUCAAGGAAGCUCAUGUUCUGCACACACAGUGUGCACCAAGUCGUUGUGCUAUGAUCACUGGUCGGUAUAUGCACGUACUGGGACAUCGUACACAGACACAUCUGGUGAGAGAGUAUGAACCAAACUUCUUCCGCUAUCUGAAGGAUGCUGGAUAUUACGUGUCAUGGCAUGGCAAGAACGAUAUGUUCUCUCAAGCAUCAUUUCCACUCUCCGUAUCAAACUGGACGAAUGAUAUCGGCAGCAGCAAAGGUCCAUCACCAUUCAAGUUCAACGAGACCGGAUACUACAGUUUUCUAGCCUCUGCAUCCAAGUUCUUUGGCAAUGAUUCGGAACACAACGGAGACUACAGAGCUGUGGUGAAGAGCCUGGAGUUUAUGUCCAGCAAUCCACCAGAGCCUUUCCUCAUCUUCCUACCGGGCAUCGGUGCUCAUCCCAGUUAUGGUGCUCCAAAGGACUAUUUUGACAUGUACUCUGCAGAUCAAGUGGCUAAGCUAGCACCGCUGCGUCCACCACAUGUAGCUAACAAGCCCAAGUACCACGACGGCAUUAUCAAGUACAGGAACCUGGAAUCCCUCAAUCAGACAUUCUUCAACAAGAUCAAUGCUAUCUACCUUGGGCAAGUCAGCUAUGUUGAUUGGAUCCUUGGUCAGCUAGUAAAGGGAAUUGAUGCACUGCCCGACAUAGCCAAGAACACUGCCAUCUUUGUGACGUCUGAUCACGGAGACUUCAGUGGUGACUAUCAUCUUGUGGAGAAAUGGCCAGGUGGAAUGGAUGACAUCCUAACACGUGUGCCUCUCAUCGGUAGGAUUCCCGGCGGUGUGAAGGGUCAUGUGGUGGAGGCUCCUGUCAAUGUCUUCGAUCUCUUCUACACAAUUAACGUCAUGGCAGGGACAAAUGUAAAUCACAUACACUUUGCUAAAAGUCUUCUCCCUGAGUUGAUGGGCGGUCCUGGUGAUAUGAAUCGAACAGUCUACAGUGAAGGUGGAUAUCAAUACUUCAGAGAAUUUGAACCCAAUGAUCCGGAACAGAAAGCUGUAUAUGCUAAUCCACAUAACACGUACUGGGCACGGGGGAAGGAAGAAGUGGAGGAAGGCUGUCCCAGGGCCAUCAUGGCCAAGAGUUCUACUCACAAGCUGGUCUAUAGACCUGAAGGCGUCAGUGAACUGUACGACUUGGCGACGGACAAACGAGAGCUCAACAACGUGUACAGCGAUCCAAAAUAUCAAGAGGUGGUUCAGAAAAUGGAGAUGGACUUGCUGGCCUACUUUGUGAAGACGGCCGAUGUCACUCCUGUAUUGGAGGAUCCACGCGGAGCACCUAAACCGCCAUCUUCAAAUUAAUCACUUAGCUGAUUUUUCUUUUUCUAGCCACUAUUCUGAACGUCUUCAAAAGUGAUAUUUAGUAUGAUAUUUAUGGAUGAGAAGAGUUGCAGACCCCACGCAUUGUUUAUCGUUUGAAGUUUACCUGACAUGCUUGAAGUGCGACCGUGCUCAGCAGCUGCUUUGCUAUAGGUCACCGCCCAGUUUUAGAGUCCCUAACUGUCUGCAAAUUAAGAUUGAAAGGAUCACCUCUCGAAUACAUCCUUGAGGUUGUUUGAGGAAGAUUGAA